AUGUUGCUCCAGCUAUUGCAUAGUCCAUGCAUUACUCGAGUUGCUAUACGAGAUUUUGUUCAAGGGGAAAGAAUGAAUUUGGAAAGGGUGUUACGUAACUUGCCUGUAAUUGAAGCUUUAUAUAUCGAUGGUAGUUCUCUUAAGUUUUUAUCUGUAGAAAAUAUUCCAAAGUGGCUUCCGCGUCCGGUUAAUAGCUUAAAGCAUUUGAGGUUGCGAAAUUUUCAAGUUGGUGAUUUGGAUCAACUUCAUGGUGCUCUUUGUUUGCUUCGAAACUCACCGAAUCUAAAAAGUUCUGUAAUACAAUUGUAUAUGGAGCCUCAAAUUGAUGUGGGACCAGCUUCAAAUCAUUUGGAUACUCCAAACUGCUUGGACUAUACAUUGAAACAGUUGCAGACUGUGGAGAUAAUAUCUUUAGAAGGAUCAGGACCGGAACUGCUUUUUAUAAAGCUUCUUCUUGCCCAUUCCCCUUCUCUCAAAAGUUUUAGCAUUAGACCAAGUAGAGAUUCUGAUGUUCAAAAAAGAUUUGACAUUGCUAAAGAUGUUAUGCAGUUCCCUCGAGCAUCAACAAAUGCAAAAAUGUUCUACUUGGAUCCGGAACCAUAA